AUGGACUGGAGUUUAGAGGAGGCUUGGAAGCGGACAGAUGAUAUUAUUGAGAGUGUUCAGCAGCAACCCCCUCCACUGAAACCCACGUCUUGUGGGGAAAAAUCUCUUCAGGAAAAACUGUAUGACAUUUAUGUGGAGGAGUGUGAAAAGGAGCCAGAAGCAGAGGGCCUUCGAAGCAAUGUCAACUUGCUAGAGAAGCUUAUGAAGAGAGAGCCAUUGCCAUGUUUAGUGGUCAGCCUGUACCCAGAAAACCAGGGCUAUUCUCUCAUGCUCAAGGAUAAAGAUGGAGUCCUUAUAGAGCCCUAUCCAGGGCCGUAUGUAGGACAGAAACUGCUUGAAUAUUUGGAUGCUGAAGAGUUACCUUCCUUUCUGAUUGAUAUUCUGGAAAAGUCUCCUGUGAAUGUUUUUCACAGUGGCUGUGUCAUAGCAGAAAUCCGAGACUACAGGCAGUGUGGUGACAUCUACCCUCCCGAGGAGCCUGCUGCAGAGGCUGCUGUGUUCUCUCCUGCUUGCCAAGUCCGGCAUAUUCUCUUACGUCCAACGAUGCAGUCUCUAGUAAGCGAUGUCGAGUCCAUGACAAGUGACAGCAGUCAGUGGACCCAGGAAGCAAAACUGGAGCUUGAGAGCCAACUGAUCUUAGCUACAGCAGAGCCACUGUGUCUGGAUCCUUCUGUUGCUGUCACCUGCACGGCCAACAAAUUGCUGUUUAAUGAGAAGAAGAUAAUGAUAGCCUCCAUGAAAAAAUCCUUCAUGGGUCAUGAUUGGUCCUGUCUAGACCUGGAGGAAGAAAAGCAUGCAUGUACAUCUCCUCCUGAUGUUGCAACAAUGAUCGCUUGCAGAAAACGAGCAGAGAUCAAACCAGGUGACCCAUACGAUCUGAAGAUCCCUGAAGCAGGAAAGUGUGUAGAUACAUGGAAGCAGAAACCCUGUGAACUGGUGGCCCCUUCAGAGGUGGAUGUGCAGAAAUACGCUAAAGGGAAGCAGUCUAGGCCCCAUGGCGAUGACUCAGAAUCCACAGCCUGGCCAGAUGACUCAGAAUCCACAGCCUGGCCAGAUGACUCAGAAUCCACAGCCUGGCCAGAUCCUGAGCUAAUCAGAUUUGUAUUUGGCGGACCCGGGGAGGAGCUGACGAGCUCGUACUCCCCACCGCAGCCCUGGGAGACGUCUCAGUGGUGUUUGGGGGCCCGAUUCGUGGCCCAUUUGCAGUUUGUGAGUCGCGUGGAACUGGGACUGUUGGGGGCUGCCCCACUGUCUGAGGGAUUCGUGACUCUUUUGGGAGACGAGGAGCCCGGGUCCUCAAAGUCUCCGUUUGAAUUCUUGCUUUCGGUUUUACGCCAAAGCCGCGCUGCGAGUUUCUGUCACUGGCGAGACGUCCAAGACAUUGCAAAUUACCAGUCAGUGGACGUUCGGAAGAGAUGCUGGGUAACUUUCUGUUCCUCGGAAUGGCCCACGUUCAAUGUGGGCUGGCCAAGGGAUGGUACUUUUGACAUCAAUGUUAUCUUACAGGUAAAGGCUAAAGUGAUGGAUCCUGGCCCUCACGGGCAUCCAGACCAGGUCGUGUAUAUCGUGAUCUGGGAGGCGAUGGCUUAUGACCCACCGCCCUGGGUCAAGCCUUUCGUCACCCCGAAACCCCCUCUGCACCUACUUUACCCCCUCCACUCCUUCGCACCCCAACGGGACCUCCGCCCCACUCCUCCCUGUACCCAACCCUCACCAAGUCCCCGGUGCCCAAGCCCCCUCCUCCAAAAGUCUUGCCCCCAGAUGAUGACCUACUGA